AUGUCGCAUACCCUUCAUGGGCCGAUGAAACUUUCCGACGUGAGGACAUGGCACGUGGACAUUGACCGGUUCAUCAACCCCUGGCUUCCAGCCCCGCGGCUGCACCGACUGCCACGGCCAAUAUCCCGAUUCCUGGGAUACCGUGAGCGCCCACCGCGACCUUUGGGCAAUGUAGUCAUUGCUUUCUGGUCCUUGGUCGGAGCGUUUUGCGGGGUCGCCGUGAUCGCGGAGGUUUCGAAGCGUAUUCCCUCCUUUGAGUCGCGAGACACACCCGCGGUGGUGGGGAGUUUCGGCGCCGCUGCCGUGAUCGAGUUCUGUGCGAUUCAAUCGCCUUUCGCCCAGCCACGCAAUGCCUUCUUCAGUCAAAUGUGGGCAUGUUUGGUGGGAGUCGGCAUUUCGAAACUCUUCGCCUUGAACCCCAAUGCGGAGCAGUACACGUCGCUUGGAGGAGCCCUGGCUUGUGCACUCACCACGGCCGCUAUGUUGUUGACCGAGACCAUUCACCCCCCGGCCGGAGCCACGGCUCUUUUAGCAGUGACCAACGCACAGAUGGCCAGCCUUGGCUGGUUCUUGUUCCCGGUCAUGAUCCUUGGCUGCAUCUUGAUGCAGGCGGUAGCAUUGAUUGUCAACAAUAUACAGCGGCAAUUCCCUCUGUAUUGGUGGACAUCACAUCCGCUGUCGCGAAGUCAGAUUGCAGACGAAGAGAAGGAGGGCAUCCAUCGCGAGCCCGCCCCGACAAUUCCAGACCAUUAUGAAGAGAGUCUGACAGAUACUCCUCGACGUAUGGUGAUAGAGCGCGGUGAAAUAUUUGUUCCAGAAGGAGUGUACCUGUCAAUGACAGAGAAAGAAGUACUAGAGAAGAUCAGCGAAAGAAUAUAA